GUUCAGCCCAAAUGAAGUUUCCAAUAAACACCCAAAUCAAAUGAAGCCUGCUGGUUCUUGAUCGACUCGCAAAGGACGGAGGGUGACCAAGGGGUUGUUGAUUCUCGAUCGAAUUCAGGAAGGAAUCAAUCGAAAGUGCAGAUCGGGAAGAUGAUCGUCUGCAUCGCAGUCGUUGGGCAUCAGAAUAAUCCGCUGUACAUUCAGAGCUUCACUGAAGCAGACGAUGCGCUCAAGCUUCACCAUAUAGUUCAUUGCUCUCUUGAUGUUGUUGAUGAAAGAGUAAACAACCCAAAAAAAUCCGGACCAAUGCUGAAUGAGACAUUUCUUGGUCUUCUAUAUCCAACCGAAAAUUACAAAGUGUAUGGUUAUUUAACUAACACAAAGGUGAAGUUUAUCCUUGUCACAACAGACCUUGAUGUCCGUGAUGCUGAUGUAAGAAAUUUUUUCAGGAGGUUUCACUCUGCAUAUCUAGAUGCUGUAUCGAACCCAUUUCAUGUUCCUGGUAAAAAGAUAACUUCCAAAACGUUUGCUGAACGGGUGACUAAUAUCGUCAAGUCAGUUAGCUUCCAUACAACUGGAUGAAUUCACAUUGUCAGAUCUUUCUUUAUUACCUUCCAGUCUGGGUAAUACUUGUUUUAUCAAGAACUUGUUCUGCGUUGUAAUAUGUUUUUUCCGUUCCUUAUUUUAUAUUUAGGUGAGAUCCAACUUUAUUUUAGUCACCAACUUAUUUUUGUUUGUAAUCAUAAAAAGCAUAUGUUGUUUUUUCUCUACAUUUAAUUAAACGGACAAACUUUUUUA